AUGGAGCAUCGGAUUAUGGCAUAUUCAUUUCCUGCGUUUGGCCUAAAUGAAGCGUUUGAUAGGACAGUUCUUAUGCUCAGAAACAAUCAAGGUGAGGAAAGAACUGCCAGUAUCGCUGACCUCAAACAUCCUUGUCUGUUAUCAACUUAUGUACAAAACUAUACAUGCCAUUCUUGCUCUGCAUUGGCUUCCAUUUAUGAGAAAAAUCACAGCCAAGACCAGGAAAGUGAACUUUAUUCUUUACGUCUUACUGGAGAACCUAAUUGGGAGCAAUGCAAAGAACUAGCUAUUGGUGCUGCUAUGAACCCGAGUUCCAAAGUGUCACAUCUGACAGUUAGCAGAAAUUGCCAAGCUAGUUUAGUUUCUGGUACUGGCACUGAUAUACUUAAUUUAACAGCUGUUGCACAACCAGCCAAGUUUCAUGCGUUGUCUGGUUUCUUUUUUGUCUACAACAAGCUAAAUUUGAGCCCAAGAACCAACUUAACAAUGGUGGCUUAUAUGGCAUCAUUGAUUGAUUAUGGUCUCUGUCUUGGUGAUGUUGAAGUGGUAUUUGGCCCAGGUGACAUUUCGUGGACUUUAGGAGCUGCAUUAAUUGAAGGGAAAUUUUUGUGGUUAAACAGUACAAGCUACGAAACCCAUGCUAUUAUUUCAACUUUAAAGAAUGUCAAGGUCACGUCUUCUCCUACUGUUCUAUUUGCUGUACUCGUAUUACUUUCAUUGAUUGUUUAUUGUAGUCAAAUUAAGCUACCAAUGCCAAGUAGAAGGGAUUCUGCUUCUGGCUCAUCUUUGCCAUCUUAUACUCCUGUAAGACGUCGAUCUAACUAA